GGAAACUGUUAUAUGAACAAUGCAUGAGAAGACUCUUGAAUACUUUUGAAAAGACUGCACCAGGCCAGUCUGUUCAAAAUGCAUGUUUGAGGAGCACAACGGGCACCGGCUCUCUCAGAUGACUGAUAUUGUCGCUGUUAUGGCUAAGGAAUUAAGGAAACUCAAGGAUUACCUCACCGCUGCGACUAUAUAGUCAACAAUAAUAACUUGAAUAUCGUAGAAAAGCUCAACUUUCAUCUCAAAGAAAUGAGACAGACCCAAUUCGAGAACGUUGAUAAAGGGUUCCAGGAGAUUAUUGAUGAACUCCUAAAGAAAUAAACACCAGCUUGUAGCGAAAUUUACUGAGAGUUUCGAUAAGGAAUUCACUCGCAAGAAGGAGAUAUUCCAACCCUUCUACAACAAGAAAAGCAAGAUCGACAGGAUCGAGAGAGCCUACUAUGAGUUCACGGAGUUACUCCAGGAACGAAAUGAGGCUGAAAUUUUAAUCAAAUUUGUCACAAUACAGAAGUUUUGAAAUGAGUCUAAAAUUGUUCUGAAUGACAUUAAAAAGGAAAUUGGCGUUAAUAGACGCUUGUUUUACAUUGACCCUAAUUUGAAACCUCUCAAGAUUAAUACCGAGAAAGUUCUAAAGCUGAUUAGUCAUUUUAAGGUAGACUGCAAGCGAAAAGAGAGUCCUUCAAAAAGUCCAGAGAAGCUCAUAAAUAAUAGUAUGGAUCCUCUUACAAAAACUUUUAACAAGAAUGGGAACAAACUGAGGGAAUCGGCCCAUAAAUAAACUACCUCCUCUCGAGAUCUUCCAGGAUAGGACAUUGCCUGUGCAGAAAGACAAGUUAAGGAGUAGGCAAGAGUCUACUCUUAUUCCUAAGGGUAAGAAGAAGGUAUCUCAAGUCAAGUCAUUUGCCACGAUUAAGAGGACCAAGGAAACAAAGUUGCAUCAAUAUGACAGCAAGAACACUUUGGCCCUAGUGCCUGAUAAUAAGAUGAUUCCUAGUACGACUAAUGAUAAUCAGAGGAAAAACCGAAUGAAGAAGUUGCUACAAAAGCAAGUAACUCGGAAUCUUGCAAGUAUACCCCAUCUUGGAUCGAGAACUGGCUUGAAAAGUGUCAGUAAGGAAGCUCCAGCAGAAAAAACUGAAGCUGAGAAGCCAUUACAACUGGGGGUUUCCUCUAUUGAUUCAAAAUUAAAGCAGAAGGUUGACAAAACUGAUUCUAAAAUAUUUGAGAAUCUCAAACAUGCCAUCCCGGAGAAUUCUUAUUCGUUCCAGUCAAACUCUUCAGAGGAGAUGAGGGACCCUAAGAGAUUGCAUGAAAUUCAGGAAAUCCCCAAACCGAUUGAAAAUGGGGCAGAUUUUCAUGGUAGUUUUAAUACAUCUCAGUUGAUCACGAAGAAACGGGAUGAGAUAGACGACAUCCAGGAAUUGGUACGAGGCCAGACAGGCCUGAGCAAAGAUCUCCUCACUAAGGAAAAUGGGUCACUGGCAUAUUUCAAAACUCCUGAGAUCCUCUGAUUUGGCCAAAACCAAUUCACCCUGAGCUAUAACGUAGCUGAGGAUAAAUGGUUCAGGAAGGAAUAUAACCACGAGAAAUCUGAAUUCAUUGGGAAUCUGAAAUACCUCUCAGUAUGUCAGUUAGAUAAACCUAACUGCUUCCUUGCCACUGGAGGAUGCUCGACAGUCACUAACGAAGCUACAGAUAGCUGCUUUUAUGUGGAAUUUCCUCAUACAUACACAACAACUCAGAAGAUUGUAGGGCACUUUCGCGAAGCUCUGAUCCAACGCAGGUAUGGGCAUUGCUCGAUAUACCUAAACGGUUACGUCCUUGUAAUUGGAGGCUUCAUGAUGAGUGACAAUAUUGGUACGACACCUAUCACUCUGACUUCUUGCGAGAAAUACCACCCUGUCGAAAACAUAUGGACAGAGGCAGCAGAGCUGCAGACAGCCAGAGCUUACCCUGGCUUCUGCAAGUACGGCCACUUCGUGUAUAUCUUUGGAGGAUUUGAGAAUUUCUCGCUACUUGAUUCCUUUGAGAGGUACGAUGCACUUGUAGAUUUAUGGGAAGAAAUAACACUAAAACUUCCAUUUCGGGUUGCAAAGAUGGGAGUCGGCGUCUUAGAAGAAAACCGAAGUAUUCUGAUAUGUGGAGGCCUUUAUAGCGAUGAAGACGAUAAUUUCUCUUAUAUUAACAAUGUUUAUAAGCUGGACUUGAAGACUGAGAGAUGGACGAAGUUAGCAAGUAUGGGUGUUAGCCGGAUACUUUAUCCAUGACUACAAAGAGUGAAAGAUAAAAUUUAUGUACUUGGUGGAUCUUUUAAUGGAGAAUGAGAAUAUUUUGAUGUUAAUGACCAAAAAUGGUAUCAAAUUUCUUCGUACUCUAACAUACUUCCUGAUGAUGACCUGCAGUCAUUUGCGUUUAUAAAACUAGACAAUUAAAUCUUUCAAUACUUAA